CCGCUAGGGGGCGUGUGCAGACAGCCGGGUUCUCUCCCUUCUCACCGCCCCUCCCUGCGCGCCUAGCUCAGGCGCCGGAGUUGGCGGCCGCGGGGUCGCACUCCGCACCUGCUCGCCUCGGUCUGUGCAGCGGCGGCGGCCGCAACGGUCUCCUGCGCUAUCUGGGGCAGUGGGGCGGAGGCAUCGGUGCGGCAGGUACCGGGCGGGGCGGCGGUACCGGGAGAGUCGCGGGGCGCGGAUGUUGAGGAAAGGUUGGCACCGCCAGGACGCCUCCAGGAGGUGGGGGCGGCGGUGCUGCCGGGGCCGCCCCCUCACCUCUGUCGUUCGGUCGACCGGUGGAGUGCCCGGACAGGCAGCUGCCUCCUUGCUGGUGCCGGACUGCCUGCUUGUCUCGCGGAAGAGCUGCGGCGGGAGCGAAGGCUGUGCCCGGCAGCUGACGGGGCUGGAGCGGAGUGCGAGUGGAAAGGCGGGCGGGAAGGAGGAGGUCUUGUGCAAAGACUGUAUGGUGUCAAUGCCACUGUGAGUCCUGGCAAGCAGUUAGAUGCUAUUAAAGAGAAGAUAACAAAAUAACAUUUUGAUGUCUCUGUAACAAACAAAGACAAGAAAAAGAGCUGUGCUUUGGAAGCUGAAGAUCCCAGUGCUGCAGACUUUGGACAACGUUAGUAAUUGCAUGUAUACACGAGGUUAUUCAGCAAUAGUUAUGAACUCCCAUUUACGAGCUUUUGGUGGGGAAGGAUAAAAUAACAUACGAGCAUCAGUACCAAAAGAGAAAACUCGAUCAGAGAUCAUCUGUAAUGUCUACUUUUUGGAUGGCUCAGUACAAGCUUCAAAAGUCACGAAACAAGACAUUGGACACAUUUUGCUGGACAUGACCUGUAACCACUUGGGUGUGAUGGAGAAAGAGUAUUUUGGUUUACAGCAAAAUGAAACUCCAUUAGAUUCACCUCGUUGGCUUGAACCCAGCAAACCUAUUAGAAAACAAUUAAAAGGAGGUUUUCCCUGCACCCUUCGUUUUCGUGUAAGGUUUUUUACUGAUCCUAACACUCUUCAACACGGAACAAACCAGGCACUUAUUCUCCUGCAGUUGAAGACUGAUAUUGUGGAAGGAAGGUUGUCAUGCCCAAUUAAUUCUGCUGUAGUCUUGGCAUCAUAUGCAGUACAGUCACAACUAGGAGAUUAUAAUACUUCAGUACAUCACUCGGGAUAUCUGUCAAAUUACAACUUCAUACCAGAGCAGAAUGAAGAUUUUCUUACUAAAGUAGAAUCACUACAUAAACAACACAGUGGCCUCAAGCGAUGCGAAGCAGAGUCCUGCUAUAUAAAUAUAGCACGAACACUUGAGUUCUAUGGAGUGGAAUUGCACAGUGGUAGAGAUCUCCAUAAUCUGGAUCUAAUGAUUGGCAUUGCAUCUGGUGGAAUCGCUGUAUAUAGAAAACUCAUCUGCACAAGCUUCUAUCCCUGGGUGAACAUAUUAAAAAUUUCCUUUAAAAGGAAAAAGUUUUUUAUACAACAACGGCAAAAACAUAAUGAAUCCAGAGAGCAUAUUAUUGCCUUCAACAUGUUAAAUUACAGAGCAUGCAAAAAUCUAUGGAAAUCUUGUGUAGAACAUCACACAUUUUUUCAGGCAAAGAAGUCACUACCUCACAACAAAAAUAUAUUGUCACAUUAUUGGACCUUGGGUUCUAGAAAUACGGCAAAAUUUCUAAACAGCCAGUACUGUAGGAAAGUUAUAGGUGGGAUGGUUUGGAACCCAUCUAUGAGACGAUCUUUAUCUGUCGAGCAUCUGGAGACCAAAAGCCUUCCUUCUCGAUCACCUCCUGUUACCCCUAGUUGGCGGAGUCCUAGACUACGUCAUGAAAUCCGUAAACCACAACACUCGUCUGUAGAUAACCUUACAAAUGAGAUCAGUUAUAUCACUGAAACAGAGGAUGUUUUUUAUACAUAUAAGGGUUCUCCAACAUCAAAGGACAGUGAUUCAGAGUUCUCUCAGAACUGUAGUCCACAGAGGAGUAUUGUAUUGGAAAACAGUCUAGCAUGGAACUCUCUGAUCCCUAGCUCACCUAAAGCCUUGGCUUCAUCUCCCAGUGGAGUGAGUAACAUGUCUGGCUCUUCCCCAUUGGAAGGAGUGGAUAAGCAGUUCUUAGAAACAUAUGACAACAUUACAAAAAGUAGCUCAACAGAAGAUUUCAGUCAGUACUACUGCAAUAAGAAUGACCUAAUAGAGGGAGAUUUACUUUUAGUACAUAUCCUACCAGAUGAAGAUGGGAAGUUUGGAUUUAAUCUAAAGGGUGGUAUAGAUCAAAAAAUGCCAUUAGUGGUAUCAAGAAUAACUCCAGGAUCGCCUGCUGAUAUAUGCGUUCCAAAGCUGAAUGAAGGCGAUCAGAUAAUAUUAAUAAAUGGCCGAGAUAUCUCAGAGCACACUCAUGACCAGGUGGUCAUGUUCAUAAAAGCCAGCAGAGAAUCUCACACAAGAGAGCUUGCACUUUUGGUCAGGCGGAAAGUUAAGCAGUUUGUGGAGCCUAAAUUAGAAGACAAAGCCGAUUCUCACAAUCUCUCAGAAUCUUUUCUUCCUACCUGUUCUGAAUAUGGUGGUGAUAUACUGGAAGACUCUAUGGAGCAGCUAAGGAGAGGGCUAGAAAGUGGGACUAUCCUAAAUCAUUUUGAGCAACUUUAUAGAAAGAAACCAGGAUUGUCUGUUACAUGUGCAAAGUUACCUUGUAACAUGGACAAGAAUAGAUACAAGGAUGUUCUCCCCUAUGAUGCCACAAGGAUAACACUGCAAGGAGAUGAAGAUUACAUUAAUGCAAAUUAUGUGAAUAUGGAAAUUCCUUCUGUGGGCAUUGUGAACAGGUACAUUGCAACUCAGGGCCCUCUUCCACACACAUGUGCACAGUUCUGGCAAGUAGUCUGGGAUCACAAAUUGUCACUGAUCAUCAUGUUAACAACUCUCACUGAACGAGGACGAACCAAAUGCCAUCAGUAUUGGCCUGAUCCACCAGAUGUAAUGGAAUAUGGCAGAUUUCGUGUCAGAUGCCACUCUGAAGAUUGUACAAUUGCUUAUGUUGUUAGAGAAAUGGUGAUGACAAAUGUUGAGACAGGGCAACAGCACACCAUCACCCAUCUCCAGUAUGUUGCUUGGCCCGAUCAUGGUGUUCCUGAUGACUCCAUGGACUUCUUGGAGUUUGUGACAAGUAUGAGACCAAAGAGAGUAGAGAAUGAGCCAGUCCUUGUUCACUGCAGUGCUGGAAUUGGUCGCACUGGUGUAUUGGUCGCUAUGGAAACAGCCAUGUGCUUAAUUGAAAAAAAACAACCUGUUUAUCCUCUGGAUAUUGUAAGAAAAAUGCGUGACCAGCGAGCUAUGAUGGUGCAAACAUCAAGUCAAUACAAAUUUGUUUGUGAAGCUAUUCUUCGUAUUUACAAAGAAGGAUUGGUUCAACCACUGCAUUCUAGUUAGCACAACAGUGAAGGAUGGAUUAUAUUUUCCCCUAUGAAGAUUGCUCUUAAGAGCUUGUUUCUGAAAGUAACUGAAAUGGAUAGAAGUUUAUGAAAAGGCAGAUAAGCACAUUUGAACUGUAACACUUUAAAUUUCUCAAGAUUACUGAAUCAUGUACAGUGUAACAGUGACAUAAAUGUAUGAGAGCAGUUGUGUGUAAUAUGCUUUAUUCACAAAGACAACCAUAAACAAUCGCGGAAACUUGAACACGUAUUUUACUGCCUUAAAACACCCUUGACUUUGGAAGUUACAAAGGUUCUUGUGCUUCCUUUGAAAUAGCGGAAAAGGAAACUCAUAGUACUGAAAUGACAACUUCAGAAGGCAUUUAAUAUCUUUGUAUUGUAUGAAAGUUUAUUGAAGUUCAUAUUUAUAACUUUCUUAUUCAGAGAUAAAUAUUCAUGGAAAUGUAACCUUGGCUUCUGAAAGUCUGAUGAAGAGCUUUAAAAAGUUUAUGCAUAACUACUGUACUUUAAAAGCCAGAGAAAUUAAGUAUUCAUUUGUCAUAAAUCUUUUAGUAAGUUUACCAGCUGUUAUAAUAUGCUUCUUAACAAAGUCACAUCUACUGUAUGGGAUGUGCAAAACAAUGCUGCAUUUAAGCAUUUAUGCAGAUGGUACAGUCUACACAUUCUGUUGAUCAAUUUCAGUUGCAACUUUCCCAUUUAACAGUGACCUGCUUCUUAACACCUUUACUUAUUGUAUUUUUCUUCUGCUGUUCAUCUCCUUCAUACCUGUUUUUCACUGCUGUUUGUAUACGUGGACUGAAAACAUUUUAACUUAAAAUGAUAUUUAAUUCUCUGCCACCUUUAUUUCCACGUGUUUUCAGAUGUAAAUAUGGAUUAAUAUUGUGCACAAGUACUACAUUUUUUACUUACUGUAUUUGCAAAGUAGUGUAAUCAAAUACUGGAAGAAGAAUUACUACUGAAUCCAUCAAAUACGUUGCUGCUAAUUCAAAGUGAGAAGCUUAUAAGGGCACAAAUGUGCCAAUGUUGACUUGCUGUCCUUCAACAAAAAUCGCUCUUAACAGUGAUGAAAUAACAACUCCCUUUCGCAAGAGUUUUGAAAAUUUAGUGUAUUUCUUGUUUUAUGGAAAUACAGGUAAAUUUAUAUGAAGAUUUACAUAGAAAGAGAAAAAUAAUUUGUAGAUUCGUUUGUAGAUUUGUUGAUUCAUCCUGAAGUACACUGAUCUCCAUUUAAUUGCACAUGGGAGAAUUGGACUUUCUGAACAAUAUAGCCACAUUUGUAUGAUGUUAAUUUAUUUUGUGUGUACAUUUUGAUUGCUCCUGAGAUAGUUCUUCAGUUUUGAAUAGUGUUUAAAAAAAAUAAAUCUAAGUGACUGUUUAAAAUUUGGUUAUUGAAAAGAUUAUUUCUAAAUAAGAAAAAAAUUAUGGACCAUGUCAGACAGAUGUUUAUUUCUGUAUAAAGGAUGAGAUAAUUUUCUUUAUAUAUGUGUGUACAUAUAGACACGCAUGUAUCCAGAUAUACUUUAGAAUUACAGUUUUUAUUAUGGAUAUUAUCAAUUAUAUAUGGAGUUUCAUGGUGGAAACUGCCACAUCUGUACAAUAUGCAUCUCUCAUGCUACUGGGUUAUGUUUGUUCUCCAGGAGAUAGCUGAAAAGUGAAUGUAAGCUGUACUAAAUUGCUGAUUCUUGUCUUCUGUGGGUUUGAUCCUUUCUUCAAGAAUAUAUUAUUAAUUCUAGGUAAGGAAGAUACCUACUUUGUAUUUAUUAAUCAGAAAAGUUUUAAAUGGAACACAGAAGGUAACUGCCAACAUGAAAAACUUCUUGGCUUUGUUGAGGAGUUAGUAGGUUUGCACUCACUCUUACAUACUAUGUUCCAGAUUUCACUUUGAAGCUUUAAAGUAUUUUGGAUCAUUAUCCUCUUGCUUCUUUGGGCAGAGUUUGAAAGGCAAGAGACUGUAACUUUGGUUCACUUUUAACUGCAUCAGGUCACUCAAGCUGCCUGUUACUCCAUGUGUAAAAUUGGUACUGGACAUGCACAUGUUGCUCAGCAAGCUUUCUUUGAAAAAUGCAUGUGGAAAAAUAUUGUGUAAGAGCAGGAAUAGUGAGCACUAAAGAAUCUGUUGCCUCCUGGACAGUUAACAAAAACAUCACUUUUGUUAUGUGUAUGUGCCCUUCAGUUCAGAUAUCUUUUUUUCUUUCUUUUUUAACAUUUUGUUGUGCCUAGGUCUCAAAGUUAUUUCUUGCAGUUGGCAUGACUUGAAAUAAAUAGUUUGUCAAGAAGGCAAGGAGGAAAAAAAACCAAGAAAAUAAAUAGUUAAAAUAUUUAGAGCAUCUCUUGUGACAUCUGUUUUUUGAAUAAAAAUAUGUGAUUAACUUA